CCGGCCUCCGCCGGUCCAAGGUCGAGGAGAGCGAGUCCCAAGGUCACCUAGACUCUCCCUGAGACCGAAGGACUGCAGAGAGGAGAAUCUCUCGCCUGCCGGAAGCCCCGCCCCUCCCUGCCUAGGCGUCACUUCCGGUAACCCCGCGACCCCUGCGCUCUGCAGGCAUGCGCAUCAGCUCGCGAGGGAAGAAGUCGGGGCACCAGAGCUUCUCCUCCUCCUCGACCUCUGACCCGCCGCCCUUCAGCCGGGGCCGCAGUCGCGGCAGUCGCCGCAACCCCGAAGGCCGUGUCCCGCCACCAUGCCGGGCAGCAGCAGAUGCUCGUGGGCGAGCCGGUCAUCAAUCUGCAGCUGCGUCAAACCUUUCUGGACUUAGCCUUCAGGAAGCCCAGCAGAUCCUCAAUGUCUCCAAGCUGAGCAGAGAGGAGAUCCAGAAGAACUUUGAUCAUUUAUUUAAGGUAAAUGAUAAGUCUGUAGGUGGCUCCUUCUACCUGCAGUCAAAGGUGGUUCGAGCUAAGGAGCGGCUAGAUGAAGAACUCAAAAUCCAGGCCCAGGAUGAGAGUGAGAAAGGGCAGCAGCCCAAAACGUGACCACCUAGCCUCGCCUAUCUUUGCUUCAGUGUGAAUAACUUAUAGCUCGGCAUUUCCAAACAUGAAAUUGUGAGAUGGGGGGCCAUAGUCUUCACCAGACUUCCAAAAGGGGUCUGUGACACAGAAAGGGUUAAGAGGCCCUCUGAAGAUCACUCAUUGAAUAAUUGCAUUCAGGCCUGGGGGGACGUUAAGAGUCCAGUCUCUUCUGUCUGUGUAAGGAGCAACUUCUGCCUCAUCCCAAGCUUGCAAUUUCCCCUGGACAAAUGCAACAGUAUUGUGUGUAAUGUUAAAUGCUUGUGUUUGUGGUGUUUCCUUAAACUUGAAUUUGGAUACCCACAAGAGCACCGAAGAGCAAUUAAGGCGGUUGUUCUCAGCCAUGUGUGACAUGAGCAGUCUGAGGUAGGGAGGUAAGGCAGAGAGUUAAUCAAGGUAGGA